UAUUCUGCAUCAGUUCUAUGGGUACAGAACCGCAGAGCUGAACUGGAAGAAUUUUCAUGGAAGACAAGUAUCCUUAGAAUAUGCUACAAACAUACUGCUGAAUGGAGGAAAGAAGUAUAACCCGCAGAAGAGAUCACGGCAGAUGAGUAAAAGAAAUCACAAGAGACGUAAAAAGCAAAACAAUCGCCGAAAUCCCGGCAUAGCUCAUCAAUCAGUCAAUACCAUGUAAAUAGAAUGAUUCAAAUGAUGCGCACAGUAUGCGUUACUGUAAUAAUGUAUUCUCACUUUUCUCUGAAUAGUCGUCAUACGUACAAAAGGUCAUUUGAACUUGGCGAUAAGUCCAAAAUGCCACUGGUACUGUUUGGUGACGGGUUAACCAAUAGAGCGCAAGUUCGCUUUAAAGGUUUGCAAGCCGGUGUUUCAAGGAAAAUAUACAAACUUUUGAAAACUAAAGAGAAACAAGGGCUAGUGUUAGUAUUAGAUAUUGAUGAAUUUCGUACAUCAAAGGUAUGUAAUCAAUUGCAUAUGAUCAUAAACAUAGCUCAAAACUCUGAUUUACAUCAAUGUGUGUAUAGAUCUGUAAUUCGUGUAAAUCGUCGGAUGUAAGAAUAGUCCUCGUACACCAAGUAGAGAAAUCCAUCAGAUACUCUUUUGCAGAAAUUGUAGUAUUUUUUGGAAUCGUGAUGUUAUGGCGGCUCAAAACAUGUAUCAUAUUGCUCAAGAGAUUUGGACUGGCCAUGGAAGACCUGGCCCAUUUUGUCGUCAAUCACAAAGCGCCACAACGAAUGUGGUUGUCUCCCCUCGAUGGGAGACUUAAAGAUUCUACAGGAAGUAAGUCUACAUUUUAUAAAUAAUAUAUCCAAAAAUAUUGUACUCAAAAUCCCAAUUUUUCUGUUCUUUAAUCUGAAAAUCACCUCAAUGCUGUCCGAAACUGAACCGACUAGACUGUA